CUCAUGUUGUCAGUGUUUGUGAAAAGUAAAUUACUUUGAUUAUUUACAUUGUGAACAAAAAGUGAAAACAAUUAAUUAUAUUGUGAUGAAAAAAUGAAUAUUUCAAGUUCAAAUUAUAAUUUAAAUCAUAAUACAAUCAUGAAUUUUAAUUUAGUGAAUAAUGAUACAGAACAUGUUACAUCAAAUCAAAGACAAUCUGUAUUUGGUAAUUCGACGUAUAAACCAAUUGAAUGGAGUCAAGUAACACCACAACAAAUGCCAUGGGCACAAAAUCCAUCACAAUAUUCACAAGUGAUGCAAUUUGGAUCACCAAAUUUCUUUCAACAGAUGCCCAUUACACAGCCCCAACAAAAUUUUCAUUCAGAUGUAUCAACAAAUCAACAGGCAAUCCCACAACAAUUCGAGUCAACAUCGAAUACCGUAGCUAUUGAUAAACGAAAACCAUUUAUAGGACAUCAAUCACAAUUUAGUGGUAUUCAUUGUAAAAGAAAAUCGGAAAUUAGUAACUUGGCCCCAGCGAAACAACACAUCACCGAAGAACGAAUGGCUGCCCAUAUGAGUAAAUUACAUAUAAGUAGCGAAACACCUAUAACCAUUGAACCAGAUUCAAAUCAAGAACCGCCGGCCGAACGUGAAAAACGUUUAGUUAUGUGUGAAGAAAUGCGUCGACUUCAAACUGAAAGUAUUAUUCCGUCAGCAUUAAUGAAAAGAUUGGAGCGACCAUGUAUGGCAGUUAUGUUAUGGCAACCACCAGAAAAAGCUGGAUUAAUACCACCAUUUUCAUCGUACGCCAAUAGUAUGCCUUCAACGAGUAGUGGAAAUACCUGUGUCGAUAAUAAUAAUACAUCAAGUGUAAAUUUAAAUCAGAAAAAUUCAUCCGACGAUUCAGACGAUGACGAUGAAGCAAGUGCUCCUAAUGAUAUGGAAAUGGAUCUAUAAAAUAAAUGUGUGCAUGAAUUAUUGAUAACGAAUCAACUAAUCUUGAACUGAACAUCUGUUUUAAAGAAUUCAUUAACUAAAAUGAUUGAUUUCUUUAUUUUAAACGCACAAUUAAUACUAAAAUUUAAUUAAUUGUACUUCGAAGGUUCUGCAAUAAAAUCAAUUUGAUAUAUUAAAUACGCAGCGAAUCAGAGCAUGAUGACUUUUAUUACCGCUGCUUCAUUUUAGUCCUAGAUUAAAUACGAAACCGAAUUUAAACUAAAAAAAAUAUUAAUUCUUAUAAAAAAGUUGUUCGAUUCAAGAUCAGAACCAAAUAUCUUUGAUAAUAAAAUAAACUCUAAAACAAAAAGUGUACAGCAAAAGAUAAUUAAUCUAAUCGUCUAAACUUAAAAAUUACUUAACUAUUUAAACAAUUUUUAAAAAAUAAUAAAUUUUUGAAGUUAUUUAAUCUUGCCUUUAUGCGAAACUUAAAAAUGUUGUUAAGAUUUUUUAAAUAUCGGACCUGUUGAAAUCCAAAUUCAGAUACGAUCCAAAAGCGGGCUCAAAAAUAAUUAGAUAAACUUCAUCAAUCAUCAGAAUUUCUUUUUAACUGCACUUUGCUACACCUUUCUUAAUGUAUUUAUGAACAGUGUACAAUUUACUUACACUACCUUUAAAAAAUGUAUUUUCUACACUAAAUGUAUUACAAUACAGGCUAAAAAUGCCUAUUAUUAUAAAAAUUUUUAAAGUGUGCA